GAGCAGGUGCCUCAGGCCCCGCCUCUUUCCCCAGUCUCUUGUCCCAGCUUCCGGCUAUCUCGAGUCUUUUCCGCUUGUUUUCUGCCGUCUUUAUCUGCGCUCCCCAGCUCGUUCUGGCGUCUAGGCCCUGGUCACUCAGCACCCCUACCCCGUGACCAGCGACCGGCUGCGCAUCUCGAAUCUCUUGGGGCUCGGAGCAGCUCUGCGCUCGGUUGAGGCCGCCGCCGCCGCUUCGGGAUGCCCCGGCUGGGGUCCGCGCAGCGCUGGGCUGCCGCCGCGGGCCGUUGGGGCUGUAGGCUGCUCGCGCUGCUGCUGUUGCUGGUGCCGGGGCCCUGCGGCGCCUCUGAGAUCACGUUCGAGCUGCCCGACAAUGCCAAGCAGUGUUUCUACGAGGACAUCACGCAGGGCACCAAGUGCACUCUCGAGUUCCAGGUGAUUACUGGUGGUCACUAUGAUGUAGAUUGUCGAUUAGAAGAUCCUGAUGGUAAUGUGUUAUACAAAGAGAUGAAGAAGCAGUAUGAUAGUUUUACCUUCACAGCCUCCAAAAAUGGGACAUACAAAUUUUGCUUCAGCAAUGAAUUUUCUACUUUCACACAUAAAACCGUGUAUUUUGAUUUUCAAGUUGGAGAAGACCCACCUUUGUUUCCUAGUGAGAACCGAGUCAGUGCUCUUACCCAGAUGGAAUCUGCCUGUGUUUCAAUUCACGAAGCUCUGAAAUCUGUCAUUGACUAUCAGACUCAUUUCCGUUUGAGAGAGGCUCAAGGCCGAAGCCGAGCUGAGGAUCUAAAUACAAGAGUGGCCUAUUGGUCAGUAGGAGAAGCCCUCAUUCUUCUGGUGGUUAGCAUAGGGCAGGUAUUUCUUCUGAAAAGCUUUUUCUCAGAUAAAAGAACCACGACAACUCGUGUUGGAUCGUAACUACGUUUUGAGAAUUGAUCCACCAUUGCCGCUGUAAUAUUGCUGUCCUCUAAUUAAUUUUAGGUACCGAAGAACUUAAUAUUGGCAACAUUUUUAGAAUCUUACUCAUAUACUUGUUGUGGAGGGAUGUACGAUGCAUUCCCCAAGCUGUGGAAAGGACACCUUUUUUUAUUUGUAAAGGUAGAAAAACUUUGGGACUUAUUUUGGGCUAUUCAUAAAUAUUCAACACAAUGAUCUACUAUUUUCUUGGUUGUUUCUAUCUGCUCUUCGCACCCUAAAGUAUUUUAAUUUGGUAUUUUGGUUCCUUUUAGCCAUUUAAAAAUACUUUUCUUGUAAGUAGUGGAGAUUUCUAAAACCUUCAAUUUAAUGUCUACAUGUGUUGUGGAGGAAGAAAAUUACCUUUCAGUUGUUUAUAGGAAAUAAAGUUUUGUUUUUAAGAAAACCAGAUGUGAUUAGCUGUAGCCCAAGCCCUAUUCUGCACUGUUUAAUUUUAUGAGGAAAAAAAUCUACCAUAGAAAUGUUAGUUAGUUAAUAUUGAUAUAAUUUUAAAUUGAUAACAUCAUGGUUUAAUUUAUAUCUCAGUAGCUUGGAAAAUGUCGUUUUUAUUGUUUGGGUUUAUUCUAUGAUCUAUAACCAGAUAUGUUAUUUUUUUUCAUAAAGACAUUUUUACCACACAGAAAAUAGUAUGUUUCAAUAACAUAAUAGAGUUUACACAGGCCUUAAAAGUCAGACUGUUGUAACAGGUAGAAUAAUUACAGAAUAAUUUAAGACACUACAAUGGGGGGCAAAUGAAAUGAGAAGACUUUUAGUGAGUUAGCUGCACAUAUUACAUUUUCAGUGCUUUUACAAAGAAAAAAGGUGAUCUGUUUCAUUUUAAACAUUUGAAUUGGCUAGUUCUUGCUCUUAUGUGGCUUUAAUGUCUGAGUCACUCCCAGCUUAAAUUGAGAGUUGUAAUAUAAUAUUAUAAAAGUGCCAUACAUUUUAUCCUAGUGGGUGUGAUGCACUGAGAAGUUAGUUACUUUGGUUUUUUUCUUUCUUUCUUUUUUUUGUUUUUUUGUCUUGCACAUGUAAUUUGUACAAUCUCUGGAUAGCAGCCCUAAGAUGAUUUAAAAAUUUAGAAUGCCGUGUGUGUGUUUCUUAUUUGAUAAUCUUCAUUGAUUGUACUGCAUUUAACAAGUAUUAGUGCAUUUUCUGUAGACUAUAGGGUUUAGACUGUGUUUGUGUUUUAUAACUUGCAUAGAUUGAGCUGAUUGAAAUAAGAUCCCAAGUAUUCUAGAAUAGAAUACAAGAUGAUGCAAAAUUGUGUUUAAAGCUUUUAUGCUGUUAAAAAAAAAAUAAUUGCAACUGCUUUUGGCCAUGCUUCUAUCCCCCACCUAAAAGUGAUGAGUGCUGAACGUGACUGUCAUAUUGUUGGGACUUUGAUAUGUGGUACCACAGAAUACUGAUUGGAUAGCAAUUCUAGUCACUUACCACUACUGACUAGAAGUUAACUCUUAAUUCUAAGCUGUCUUAAGAUGCAUAUACACUGCUGCAUGUAAGAGCAAAAUGAAUUCAGGUUGUCCUGCUUGCUAAUUUCAAGUACUACAGUGUAGCAAGGGAUGGACAUAUUUUCAGACAUUUAAUUCUAAAAUUUUUGAAGACCAACUAACUACUCCUUCAACAAUAUAUACCAGUGGAUUAAGAACUGAAGUUUAAGAUUCUGCAGAUUUAUCUAUUGGGGUUCUUGUAUUGGAGCUGUCCUGUAGCUUUUUAAGUGUCCCUCUAGAUUUGCAAAUUUUAAACACUGAUGUUAAAGUGAUAAACAUGGGAGUAUGUUAAAUGUCCUUUUCUGGUUGCCUGUCUGCUCUGUUGUAUUCAGAUAGUUACACCAUAAUUCAGCAGAGCUGGGUAUCAUCAGUGUGCCGAAUUUGGCAUAGAUAAUGCAGUUAUUUAAUCUGUGCCUAUCAAAACUUCAUGAUAUUUAAAGACUGUUACCACAGAUAACUUGUGGUGAAACUAUUGAGAUAUAUUAAAAUUUUUUAAAUCACCACUGUUACCUGUUGUAGAAAAUAGUACUGACUCAGUCUAGUCUGUUUGUAACUGGUUAAAGUUUGAUGGCUUGCCUAUACUCAACUAGGUAUGUGUAUAAAAAUUAGAAAAUACAUAUCUACCUAGACAUGAAUAUUAAGUAAGAACUUUUUUCUCCCUUCCCCUAUAUAAUUUGUAGCUCAUCUUUUUUCUUUAAUCCUUUCAUAACUUGUUGCAACAGUUUGAAUUUCCCAAAUAUUUACGUUUGGACAUAUGGCUCAGAAUACAUAUUUAAACAUCAUUAGCUGUAUAUAUUUUUAAAGUAGAAUAAAUAAUGGAAAGGGACUUGAUAUAUAAGUUUAUACUAAAAUUCCGACUGUGUGAAGAUACAUUUUGAGAUAUUACUUUGCUAAUAAUCUAAAUAUUCAUUUUUUAUUAAAGAAACAAAUGGUUUGGGGUUCACAGCUUUCAUCCUGGCUUGAUGAAAAUCAACUUUGAAAACACAGUGGACUGAAAAGCAAUUUUAUUCUUUGAAAGAUUUCAUUUAAAUCUCUGUACUAUCCAUUUUUGCUUCAGUUUGUAAUUGUGUAACAUUUAUGGUUAACUAGGACAAAGCAGACCCUAUGACUAUUGUUUUCAAGAAUUAAACAAAUUGAUAUAUAAAUUAUUCAAAGGGGGUUUUCAUUUACUUUUGAAAAGAAAAAUUUCUCUAAAUUAAAAAUGUUGGUUCUGCAGGAUUGCACCAAUCAAUUCUUGUAGAAUAAAAAAAUCUUUCAACAAA